CCGGGAGCUUCGGUUCCGCAUCGGACACGAAUGUCGGUUACACUUGGCCGUGUGAUGGAGUUUCGUUGACAAACACGCCGUCAAAGUGCGUCGGUUGUUGGAGCUGCAGCGAAUUUGGCUGACGAGGCGACGAUACCUGGCGGGCCGGCACCAUGGCGGACACCAUCAUCAUCAGGGUACAGUCCCCAGAUGGCAUGAAGAAAAUCCCUUCGACCAAGCGAGAGACUGCUGCUGCCUUUUUAAAGAAGGUGGCCAAAGAGUUUGGCUUCAACUCAAACCGUUUCUCGGUUUAUCUGAACCGCAACAAAACGGGAGAGAUCCUCUCCCAGAACAAAAGCCUCAGCCUGCUGAAGAUCAAGCACGGCGACAUGCUCUUCUUGUUCCCCUCGGGCUCGCCUUCUUCCUCCUCCUCCUCCUCCUCUUCCUCCUCCGGCGGGGAGGUGAUGGACACCGCCGCCCCGCACUCGUCCUCGGCGACGUCGUUUCCGUCCACCUCCGUCUCAUCGUCGUCGUCGUCCGUUUCCUCGUCCUUCGUGACGGCCCGCCCGCAGUCGGCGCCGCAGAUCCGGGAGGACGACAUCGACCAGUAUCUGACCAAGCAAGACGGCAAGAUCUACAGGAACCGAGACUCGCAGCUAUGUCGCCACGGCGCCCUGGGGAAAUGUGUACAUUGUGUACCCUUGGAGCCUUUCGAUGAGGACUACCUGAACCACUUGGACCCGCCUGUCAAGCACAUGUCCUUCCACGCGUACCUGCGCAAGUUGACCGGAGGAGCCGACAAGGGGAAGUUUGCCGCACUGGAGAACAUCAGCUGUAAAAUCAAGUCUGGCUGCGAGGGGCACCCCCCCUGGCCGGAGGGCAUCUGCACCAAGUGCCAGCCCAGCGCCAUCACGCUCAACAGACAAAAAUACCGACACGUGGACAACAUCAUGUUUGAGAACCACACCAUCGCCGACCGCUUCCUGGACUUCUGGCGCAAGACGGGCAGUCAGAGGGUGGGCUACCUGUACGGCAGGUACACGGAGCACAAGGACAUCCCGCUGGGGAUCCGAGCCGAAGUGGCCGCCAUCUACGAACCCCCCCAGAACGCGACUCAGAACAGUCUGGAACUGCUGGAGGACCCAAAAGCCGCAGCGGUGGACGAGAUCGCCGCCAAACUUGGUCUUCGUAAGGUGGGCUGGAUUUUCUCCGACCUGCUGUCCGAGGACACCAGGAUAGGGACCGUCCGCUUCACCAGAAACCAGGAUUCUCACUUCCUGAGCGCGGAGGAGUGCAUCACGGCGGGCUUCUUCCAAAAUCAACAUUCGAACGCCUGCAAACUCUCUCGAGACGGACUCUUCGGCUCCAAGUUUGUGACGGUGGUCGCGACAGGCGGCCCGGACAACCAGGUGCACUUUGAGGGCUACCAGGUGUCCAACCAGUGCAUGGCCCUGGUGAGGGACGAGUGCCUGCUGCCCUGCAAGGACGCCCCCGAGCUGGGCUACGCUAAGGAGUCCAGUCCCGAGCAGUACGUGCCGGACGUCUUCUUCAAGGACAAAGACAAGUUCGGCAACGACGUCACCUUCCUGGCGCGGCCUCUUCCUGUGGAGUAUCUCAUCAUAGAUAUCACCACCACGUUCCCAAAAGACCCGCAGUUCACCUUCAGGUCCGCUCAGCGCUUCCCCAUCGAGAAUCGAGAAAUCCUCGGAGAGACGCAAAACUUCCACAGCCUAGCCACGUAUUUGUCCCAGUGCGCCUCCGCGUCGUUCCUGGACGUGGUGUCCGACUUCCAUCUGCUCCUCUUCCUGGUCACCAACGAGGUCAUGCCUCUGAGGGACAGCAUCGGACUGCUGCUGGACGCCGUCAAGACGUCCGACGAGGAUCUGGCCGACGCGUGGAAGAAGUCGGAGCAGUGGGCCACCGUCGAGCAGCUGUGCGGCACGGUCGGGGGGCAGCCGUCGGGCCCGGCGGGUUUCGACGGCACGGCCGACCGCCCGGCGCCGCCGUCCUCCUCCGCCGUGUGGUCGUGCGCGCACUGCACCUUCAUGAACCAGCCCGGUACCGAGCACUGUGAAAUGUGCAGGCUGCCCCGUAGUUAAACAGCAGCGGCAGCAACAUGGCAUCAUUUCCAGCGGGGCCCCCCCCACCCCCACCCCCACCCCCACCCCCAUUUCCGCUCUAAUAAAAUAUGACGAGCCCUUCUACUGAAUUCAGUAUUGAGCGCCUCCCCUCCCGCUCGAACGUGGUCUGACGGCGGUCGUCGUCCUCCUUCACCUUCACUCAAGUGGUGUUCGUCGCUUCCUCGCUUGACUUUUUCGUUGUUUACGAUCCAAAUUGAAUUCAUUCCGUGAUUAUGAAACGAAUGCAAACGCCCUCCAAAAUACAUUCAACGAAGACCCGCGGUCCUCGGAUUUGCUCUCGGCGUGACCUGCAAACACGAGCGCCAAACGUCACGGCGCCAACAGGCCUUGUGACGUAACGCUCGCGUGGCACUUCCGAAAUAUCGUUUUUGAGCUUUGUCGGCGAUUGUGCCCUUCCAAAAUUGUCCUUGCGACACACGAAGCCCUCACAUGCAAUUUGCGAAAUUUGUAGGAUUUAGUAAAUUGUGCGCGAGAUGCGUCAAGUGCGCCACAUAAAAAAAAAAAAAAAAAAAAAAGGGAAGAAGAAAAGCAGACGUGCGACGAAUCGGUCUCUGAGACUUGAUGGCGCCCCCCUGAGGACCAAAAGUGCUUUUGCCACAUUUCCAAAACCGGGAAGGAAGUGGACGCACUUUGGCGGAACUUUCCGGAGUCGAAAUGUUUGCGUCCUGGCUAUUUAUUCUUCUUUGUGGAAAAUUCCAUUGAAGAUGUGAGAAUAUAAUAUUUUUAAGUCGAGAUGGUCAUGAAGAUGAUGCUUUGCUUGCUUGCUUGUAUUUUUCUUUUUCUUUUU